AACGUUCAUGUCUGCGAAUAAUUCUGAGACUGUACGCAGCUUAUUAAAGCUCGUCAUUCUCGUUUGUAUAGCGGGUGCGGCUGUCAGUUCCCGUCUGUUUUCUGUGAUUAGACAUGAAAGUAUAAUACACGAGUUCGAUCCUUGGUUUAACUUCCGUGCUACAAAAGUACUGGUAUCACAAGGCUUUAGAAACUUUUGGAACUGGUAUGAUAACACAUCAUGGUACCCUCUUGGUAGAGCCACAGGUGGUACUCUCUAUCCAGGUUUGAUGUUGACUUCCGGUCUGAUACACAAGAUUCUACAUAAUCUAAAUAUACCAAUAGACAUUCGCAACAUCUGCGUAUUAUUAGCACCUGCAUUCUCUGGAUUAACAGCUUAUGUCACUUAUUUGUUCACCGCAGAAGUAAAGGACGAAAGAGCGGGUCUUCUCGCUGCUGUAUUCAUCGGUAUCGUUCCUGGUUAUAUUUCCAGAUCAGUAGCAGGUUCAUACGACAACGAGGCAAUUGCUAUUUUCCUCUUAAUGUUCACUUUCUAUCUCUGGGUCAAGUCACUUAGGCUGGGAAGCGCUUUCUGGGGUGCAAUAACCGCCCUUGCUUAUUACUACAUGGUAUCAGCAUGGGGUGGUUACGCGUUCAUUAUCAAUAUUAUCCCACUUCACGUUUUCACUCUUAUCUUGAUGGGCAGAUACUCACCACGUUUAUAUAUCUCUUAUUGCUCAUUCUACACAAUCGGUACAUUGGCUUCGAUGCAAGUUCCAUUCGUUGGUUUCAAUCCAGUUGGUACUGCAGAUCACAUGGCAGCAUUAGGUGUAUUUGGUUUAUUACAGCUCGUUGCAUUCACAACACUCGUACACUCCCAUUUACCAUCGAAGCAACAAUUUGAGACAUUGCUCAAAGCUACUUUGAUUGCUGGCUCUGCAUUGGGUAUUGUUGGUAUGGCUUUCGCUUCUCAAAAGGGCAUAAUCGCCCCAUGGACCGGUAGAUUUUACUCAUUGUGGGAUACCGGUUAUGCAAAGGUUCACAUUCCGAUCGUUGCCUCUGUCUCAGAACAUCAACCUACAUCAUGGCCAUCAUUCUUCUUUGAUUUACAAAUGCUGAUCUACUUGUUCCCAGCUGGUGUUUACUUCUGCUUCCGCUCUUUAUCAGAUCACGUAAAAGGUGAAGCCAGUGUAUUCGUCAUAAUUUACUCGCUCUUCGGUAGUUACUUUGCCAGUGUUAUGGUCAGGUUGAUGCUCACACUCACACCAAUAGUUUGUGUGGCUUCGGCGGUAGCUCUGUCAACUCUCCUCGAUAGUUACAUUCAAGAGCCGGCUGAAACUGAACAAGUUGCUCAAGAUACCAGCGAAAAGAAAGAUAAGAAAACUAAGAAGGACAAGAAAGACAAGUCGAUAGAAGCAACACACGCCAAAAUCAUUCAAAAGAUCCAAGAAAAGACUGGCAUUAAGGCUCCUGAUGCUCGCCUCCUUGUCAUUGUAAAUGUGCUCUUGAUGUUGGUCUUGUUUGUUUUCCACUCUACUUGGGUCACAUCAAAUGCCUACUCAUCCCCAUCGGUUGUUUUGGCAUCGAAAACACCACAGGGUGACACUCUCAUUAUUGAUGACUUCAGAGAAGCUUACAAUUGGCUUAACCAAACCACAUCAGAAGAUGCUGUUGUAGGUAGUUGGUGGGAUUAUGGUUACCAAUUAGCAGGUAUGGCAGGUAGAACUACCUUGGUUGACAAUAACACCUGGAACAACACACAUAUUGCAACAGUUGGUAAAAUUAUGGCUUCACCUGAAGAAGUCAGCUACGAUAUCCUUCGUAAACAUGACGUAACUCAUUUGCUCGUCGUUUUUGGUGGCUUGUUGGGUUACUCUGGAGAUGAUAUCAACAAAUUCCUUUGGAUGGUCAGAAUUGCUGAGGGUAUCUGGCCAGAUGAGAUCCAUGAAAGAGAUUAUUUCACACCAAGGGGUGAAUUCAGGAUGGAUGAAGGUGCAGCACCUGCAAUGAAGAACAGCUUGCUCUACAAGAUGGUUUAUCACAAAUUUGCUGACCUCUUCGGAUCCAGACCUGCCGUAGAUAGAGUUAGACAGGUCAAAUUACCAAAAGUAGGUCCAGAACUUGAUUCACUGGAUGAAGCAUUCACUUCUGAAAACUGGCUAGUCAGAAUAUACGAAGUCAAAGAACCAGACUUUUUAGGAAGAAGUUUCAAGGAUGCGAAGGCUUUCAAUGAGGGUAAAUUGAGAACGAGAUUUUAGUUCUUUCUUUUUAGACUUGUAAUUAUAUAAAAAAUUAUUUCGUCAUCUU